AUGAGGAAAUCAGGCCCUGAGGGUUUGGUUUUCAUAUCUCCGUCCAUUAGUCCUCCACCGAGAAGAGGGACCCAGGAGCGACGACUGACCCGCACGGUGGACCCUGUCCGAGCUGGCUCCGGGCGCUUUGAUCUCCCUUGUCUGCCUAAUCAAGUUCAUCUACUGCGCGACCCACUGGAGUCAAAGCGCCACAUUAAACAGCUUGAGGAGGGUCAUUUCCCUCUUUCCUCCACCCCGAUCUCAUUUCCAAAUCCCGUGGAAAGGAGAGGUCGGGGGCGGGGUGGGGCGAAGCAACUGGAGGAAUCUGAAGACCGGGAGCUCAGCAGGUCUGGACGUCGCGAAGCUAGAGGCUCGGCCAGCAGCUUGCACCUGCGCAGGACGGCCGGUCCCGCCGCCAGCACGGUCCCUCGAAGGUGGCCCGCGGGAGGGGCGGGAGCCGAGCCCCCUCCCGCCCCGCGCACCGCCGGCCCCUCCCCGCGCUUUGAAAUCCCAUCCCCGCUUUGUUGUCUCCCCGGGGCCGGGACGCCGCCGCCGUAUAAAGGCAGCCGGGCGGCGGCGGGGCGCAGAGCUGCGGGCGCCCUGCAGUCGGACUCGGGCUGGGACCGCGCCGGGCUGGGACCCGCGCUGGCAGCCCUUCCCGUGCGCCGAGGACGAGGAGUGCGGCCCCGACGAGUACUGCUCCGCCGCGGCCCGCGCGGGGGGCGCCGGCGCGCAGAUCUGCCUCGCCUGCAGGAAGCGCCGCAAACGCUGCCUGCGCCACGCCAUGUGCUGCCCCGGGAACUACUGCAAGAACGGAAUUUGUAUGCCUUCCGAUCACAGUCAUUUCCACAGAGGGGAAAUCGAGGAAACCAUCAUCGAAAGCUUUGGUAAUGAUCACGGCACCCUGGAUGGGUACUCCAGAAGAACCACGCUGUCUUCAAAAAUCUAUCACACCAAAGGACAAGAAGGUUCUGUCUGUCUUCGGUCAUCAGACUGUGCCACAGGGUUGUGCUGUGCUAGACACUUCUGGUCCAAGAUCUGUAAACCUGUCCUCAAAGAAGGUCAAGUAUGCACCAAACACAGGAGAAAAGGCUCCCAUGGUCUAGAGAUAUUCCAGCGCUGUUACUGCGGAGAAGGGCUGUCUUGCCGGAUACAGAAAGAUCACCAUCAAGCCAGUAAUUCUUCUAGGCUUCACACCUGCCAACGGCACUAAACCGGCUGUCCAGAUGAAGUGGACUCCAUUUAUAUAAUAUAUGCUAUGGAAAUCUUUUAUGACUUGCCAGUUCAAUCCUAAGGGAUGUACACAUUUUGUGACUAUAGUUAAGCAUUCCAAUAAUACCUUCUGAAAACGUGGAGUGUGAGAGCUCUGUUUCUUUAUGGAACGCCCCUGUGGUUGCAGUAAAUUACUGUGUUGUUGUAAAUUCUCAGUGUGGCACUUACCUGUAAAUGCAACAAAACUUUUAAUUAUUUUUCUAAAGGUGCUGCAUUGCCUGUUGUUCUUCUUUUUAUGUAAAUUUUGUGCACAUUGAUUGUUACCUUGACUAAUAAAUAUUCCUGUUGACCUGAAAUAAAUAACUUUAGCUUACAGUUUCUAAA